AUGUCAGGGAAGUCAGAUGGGAAAAAGAAGUGGGCGGCAGUUCGGGGUCGCCUGGGCUCCUCGCAAGACUCUGAUACACAGCAGGAGGCCAACUUGGAGAGUGCUGAUCCAGAGCUGUGCAUCAGACUGCUGCAGGUUCCCACUGUGGUUAACUAUUCUGGGCUGAAGCGUCGCCUGGAGGGCAGUGACCAGACAUGGAUGGUCCAGUUCCUGGAGCUGAGUGGGCUGGAUCUCCUCCUGGAGGCCUUGGACCGGCUCUCGGGGCGAGGGUGCUCACGCAUUGCUGAUGCCCUUCUGCAGCUCACCUGUGUCAGCUGCGUCCGAGCAGUCAUGAACUCCUCAGCAGGGAUCCACUUCAUUAUAGACAAUGAGGGAUACAUUCGGAAGCUCUCCCAAGCCUUGGACACUUCCAACACCAUGGUGAAGAAGCAGGUGUUUGAGCUACUUGCAGCCCUCAGCAUGUUUUCUUCAGAUGGGCAUCAUCUGGCUCUGGAUGCCCUGGACCACUACAAGGGUGUGAAGACACAGCAGUAUCGCUUCAGUGUGAUCAUGAACGAGAUGCAGGCCACAGACAACGUCCCUUACAUGGUCACCCUCCUCAGUGUCAUCAAUGCCCUCAUUUUCGGGACAGAUGACCUCAGGCAGAGAGAUAAGAUGAGAAAGGAGUUUAUCGGGCUUCAGUUACUUGAUAUUCUGCCAAAAUUAAGGUGA